AUGGUCAAGCGAUCUGCACAGUGCAAGUUCCCCGUAGCAAGGAUCAAAAAGAUCAUGCAAGCCGACGAAGAUGUGGGCAAAGUAGCUCAGGCGACUCCAGUCUUGAUCUCAAAAGCGUUGGAGCUGUUCAUGGCGAGCAUCGUCGAAGAGACGGUCAAAGAGACACGUAGCAGAGGCGCGAAGAAGAUGACGCCGUAUCAUGUCAAGCGAACCGUACACACCAACGAGACGUUCGACUUUCUCAAGGACAUCGUCGCCAAGGUGCCUGACCCGGUCGAGUCGGACACCGGUGCAAGCGGCGCCACAGCAGCAGUAGUAGCGGGCGACAAUCGUGGCGGCAAACGCAGAAAGACGGCCAAGAACGCCGACGAGUCGGAUUGA